GCUCAUUCAUAAUGAAGUGUGUUUUUAUAGUAGUCUUGUUUGGGCUAGUGCCCUUGUGUAAGGCUACAAGCCCAGUGUUUCCUGUUGUAGACCCAAUACAAUGUAAUACUACAGAAUCGGAAGUACAUGUAGCUUUGGAUUUGAUCAAUGAAGAUCGUCGUGAGGGCUUUAUAUUCAAACCCCUGCGUGUCGUAGAGGCAUAUGAGCAGCAUGUAAAGUCACAUAAAUAUCCUGCAAGCACUAUCUAUUAUCUAACUAUAGAUGUUUUGGAAACAAAAUGCAGUGUCUUAAGUGGGAAGCCAUGGGAAGAAUGUGAAGAGCCAUAUUCCUUACAUGAAUGGGUAUUUGGAGAGUGCAAAGCCAUCAUUCUCAUAUCCUUGCCAUGGAGGGUACAGAAAUUGAUCAGCUACAACUGCACUAUUACUUCAGUUCAUCCUGGAGUUAUACUCAGCACGUGCCCUGACUGCCCGACUGCAAACGAAGAAAUCACACCCACAAUAACAGAGACGGCCGACACGCUGAUUGCAGAAUACAACAAGGACAGCAACAACACCAGAUAUUUUAAAAUCGACCAUAUAGAGAGAGUGAGAUCACAGUGGGUGGUUGGUCCCUCCUAUUUCAUCCAGUUUACCAUAAAGGAAACUGACUGCAUGAAAACACAGGAAAAUGUUGUUCUUUCCAACUGCAAUUUUCUAGAUGACAGAGAAGCACAUGUUGGGUUUUGCUCUGGAAGCAUGAUGAACAGCACUUUCGAUGGUACAGAACACAAGCAAGUUUCCUGCGAUAUAUAUGAACCCAAGGAUGAUCAUUCUCAUUAUCCUGAUGAUCAUGGACCUUAUGCCAGUCAUCGUGAAAUAGAAGUCAACAUACCUGAGGGUCAGGAAAAACCAGAGGCAGCAGUUCAGGAGAAGUCUCAGGAUAAGUCUCAGAAAGGUAGACACCAUCAUAAACACAGACAUCAUCCUUCACACAAAGGUCAUAAACAUGGUCGUCGUCAUCAUCAUCAUCAUCCCCACCAUCAUGACCAUCCACCUCAUCAUCAUCACCACCACCAUCAUCAUCAUCCAAAUCACACUUCCUCUGAACACCAUGAACAUCACCAUCAUCAUCCAAAUCAUACUUCCUCUGAACAUGGCAGUUCAUCAGAAGAACAUACUGACAAGAAAGCUGGGAAGAAAGCCGACAGGAAAUGUUUUAUGACGAGGUCUAAAGGGGUAGUUCAAAAAAUCACCCUUGCUAGUGAAACGGAUGUUCUUCCAGCUCCCACCAUCACCAUUAGCCGGCCUAGUUUUAGAACUGAGUAUAUUCAGUUCCCAGAAGCUGCAUCACAUCUGCCAACAUGCCCUUGGACAAUCGAAGAGAAAGAAGAGAUUGUACCAUUUUUGCCACAUGAAAAAUAAUGCAUCAAGAUUUCAAACCACAUUUAGUUGGUAAAAAAUAAAAUGUUAUCUUUUAAAA